CUCUCUGUCUGUGUCUGGAAGCUUCUCCCCGCGCGGCGGCGGCGGCGCGGCGGCUGACAGUUGGUACCUGAGCGGGGCGGCGUGGGAGGGGGGGGGCGAAAGGAGCAGCCAUGGUGGCCAAGCAGAGGAUCCGGAUGGCCAACGAGAAGCACAGCAAGAACAUCACUCAGCGGGGCAACGUGGCGCGCAGCACCAGGCCGCUACAGGAGGAGAAGGCACCGGUGGCUCCCUGGUUGUUAGCUCUCUUUGUGUUUGUGGUGUGUGGCUCAG